AAAAGCUCGAACGAGCAGAAACCUCAAGGCAGCCUAAAGCGAAGUUGAAGAUGAAACGAAUAUUUUAACUACCCUGAGGAAGGCCCAGCCCCCCAGCCCAGCCGUUUACGUUUUAGCUGAGCGUGAGAGGAAUCGCAUCAAAGCGAUAUCUAUCAAUAUCUUAUAAAAUGGGGGCGCGAGUUGUGCCCAUAGUGAAUCCCGAAGUGCGCUACGAACACCUUGGAGAAGAGCCAUACAAAAUAAAAACAGCAUACAAACAGCUGUUCCUGUUUGGUUUUGGGCUGUCGCUCGUGAUAUUUUUGAUUCUUGUGACUGCGUACAAUGGUUGGGAAGACAUCUUUGCCCCAUCAGAGAAACCUGAGAAGAAUGAUAAUCUUGACUUCAUGAUGUAUGGGCCAGUGAGGUCGGAACUUGGUGUACAAGGAAUCCAAGAGCGCCGAGCUGAUCUGUAUGCCAAAGCGUUCAAUAAAAAACAUAAGUUUUUAAUGAAACCACCAAACAGUAGUUAUUCUAAGACAGAGGAAGAACAGUUGCUUACCAAUAGCCCAUAUGUUUGGUCUACUCCUGAACCAGAUGGGUUCAAACUGGUUUGCUAUUAUGCAAUUCCACCAAACUUAACAGUAACUGAUGAUAAAACACUUAUGCCCAAUGAUUUGGAUGCUGAUCUUUGUACUCAUAUAAAUUUGGCAUUUGCAAGUGUUGCAAAUAACAGUUUAGUACCUUCAAACCCCGAUGAUGUUGAGACCUAUGAUGAAGUUGUUAAGUUGAAGAAACAAAACCCUAAGCUGAAGGUGCUACUUUCUGUCAAUGGGGACAUGUCUCAAGUGGUUCAAGACCAUAUUACUCGCAAGACAUUCAUCAAAUCUUCUCUAGAUGUUUUAAGAAAACAUAACUUUGAUGGCUUAGACAUUGACUGGGAAUUUCCUGAUGAUGCUUGGAAAUUUAUGACCCUCCUAGCUGAGUUUCGCCAAGCAUUUGGAGAUCGUUACCUGUUGACUGCAGCUGUAGCUGCCCCUCAAGUCAUUGUUGAUAUAUCCUACAAAAUAAAUGUGAUGUCAAGAUUUGUUGAUUGGGUGAACCUUAUGACGUAUGACUUUCAUUUUUACACAAGAUUCACGCCAUUUACUGGACUGAAUGCUCCUCUGUAUAAGAGCCAAAAGGAUAAGGGUUACUUCUCACAGUUGAAUACCAAUUGGUCUGUUCAUUAUUGGGAAGACCAAGGAAUGCCUCGCAACAAGAUAGUUGUUGGUGUCCCUACUUAUGGGCACACUUUUAAGCUGCAAAACAAGAAAAAUACUGGUCUCUUUGCUCCUUCUUGCAAUUUUGGUGACCUAGGAGGAGGGGGUUUCAUAGAUUACCCUGAUGUUUGUCGUUUCUUAACAACUGGUGCUGUGCAGACAUUUGACCGUUCUUCUAGAGCUUCCUACGCCUACAAAAACAGGAAUUGGAUAGCUUUCGAAGAUGAAAGAAGUGCAGCUUACAAGGGUGAGUUCAUCACCAGUCGAGGCUAUGGUGGUGCUAUGGUUUGGUCUUUGAAUUCAGACGAUUACAAGGGAUUAUGUUACAAGUCUGGGUUGAAGUUUCCACUGAUAAGGAGACUCAAGAUUGUUUUAACUGACGAUAUGCUGUAAAAUAUGAAAAUAUUUCCUCAUUGCAUUUUGAAUCCCUCAAGGGUUAUAACACUGCCCGUAUGUAGUGAGGUAGGACUGUGUUACAGUAGAUAUGUAUACUGAUAAUAAAGUUGGACUGACCGGCAUUGGUGAAGGUAAGGAAUAUCACUGAUGAAAGCUUCAGAAAGCUUGGGAUUUGUUUAGAAGUGCAUUUACUAUUUCAGCAUUUAUGCCUUCUACUAUGUGUUUUAUUGCUAAUAAUUAUUAGAUGUUUGAACUAUGCCCUACAAUUACUUCACAAAAAUGUAUGGAUGUGAAUUGCAGAACUCUAUGAACAGAUGAAGAAAUCAUAUUCCCUUUCUGUUUCAGUCCAUUUGUUCUCACAUUGCUUUAAAGAGUCCUUGAAGCUGCUUUCCGACCUCAUACAUACUUACAUACAUAGAUAAGAUGAGGUUCCCUUACUUAAUUAGUAUUAUAACUUGUGAUCCCUUCAGAAUGUGUGUGCCAAUCUUGUCUCACUUUUCAUUUGGGGGAAAAAAUGAAAAGAAAAGACUGCCAAUUCGUUUACAAGUUGCAACUAAAAUACCAAUCGAUGCCUUUUUAUCAAUUGGAAGCUAUAUCAAAAGAUCAUGUCUAUUGUAUGGUACUACAUAGAGUUUUUUUUCUUUACAUUUUUUUUUAAAUUUUGUUAUUUAUUCCAAGUUUACUCUGCUGUUAACCUUGAAACUAAAUACCUAUGUGUGUAUUUUAAUUUGUUUGUUUUUUAUUUUGUUAUGGUACUAUACAAAUUUUAAUCAUGAGUUCACCUGGGAAAUCAUGUGUGUUACACUUUGUCAUCACAGAAUCUUUUCAUCACACAUUGGGUGAUGCCUUGUUUCCUCUAACACAAAUUAAUACAAUGUGUUAAGCAGUGUGCUGUGACUUUUGCAGUUCAAUGUUGUCUUCUAAAUGAAAUGCACUGAAUGUUUGAUUGCUUCUAAAUAGGAAAUAUCUUUAUCGUUCAGUAUUAGCUUACCGUAAGGUUGUGUUUGUUCCCAACAAAUUGAACCAUUUUGGGAAUGUUGCUUAUUUAUGACUGAGCUAAAAUGCUGAAGGAUUAAAUUUACCUAUUUAACUAUCGUCUUAUGUAAGCUGUGAAUGUGAUCUAGUGUCCUUGAUUUUUUUCAAAUGGUAUGUUCAUUAUACUGAUGACACAUUUGUAACACUUUUAGUAAGUGGGAUGUGUGGUGAGAUAUGUACCCAUAUGGCUUUUUCUACCUGCGGUGCCAUGCUGCACUUUGUGAGUUAGUUUGACUGGUGAGUGAUGUUUACCUUCUCUUAUUUCUUUUCAAGUCAAGGAAGGGACCAUGUGACAUCUCAGAAUAUGAUUGUGUGGAAGAGUCAUGCCCUACUUUGCAACAACUAGUUAAAUUCAUUUUGGUGCUACCGUACAUUAUUCCUGUGAUCACUUCUGCAUUCCAUUUUGAUUACUAUUUCUAUUAUUUGGUCUCCCUGUAUCCAUUGUAGGUACCCCCUUUUUUAAAACUCAAUCAAUAGAUUUGUGACUUGCCUUUCUGUUAUUGCCAUCUCAGGCAUGCUAACAAUUUCAAUGUGUAUUUAAUGAAAUAAAAGUAGCAACUCUUCAA